GCGCUGUACUCACAAACUUCUAUAUCCGUGGAUUGCGAAUAUCUCCAUAGUUGUGAGGACGGUUUUGUGAGUACUGAAUCCGAAUUCAGACAGAAGGAAAGCUGUGCAGAUUUGCUUGGUUUUAUUCUAUUUUUAAAUUGCGCAAGAAAACCGGAAGGAACAGAAACACAGAACUACAGAAGGAGAGAGAGAGAGACAGUGUUAGCGCGGGUGUCAUCUGGUUCAAGCCCUACGAUCAGGUACAUAUGGUUCUGUUUCCAUCAGCUGAUGCCAGCCAUUGCUAAUACUUUUUCGUUUGGAACUGGGUAUCUCAAUCUCACUCUACAAUCUUACAAUCCAGCCACAUGGGUAGCACUAGUUGCUGGUGUACUUGUUCUUAUAACUCUCUCGCUUUCAAUAUACCUUAUAUUUGAGCACCUUUCAGCAUAUAAGAAUCCUGAGGAACAGAAGUUUCUGAUUGGCGUUGUCUUAAUGGUUCCUUGUUAUUCCAUUGAAUCGUUUGUCUCAUUGGUCUAUCCAUCAAUUAGUGUUGAUUGUGAGAUCCUACGUGAUGGCUAUGAGGCCUUUGCUAUGUAUUGCUUCGGAAGAUACCUUGUUGCAUGUCUGGGUGGGGAGGAGAGGACAAUUGAGUUUAUGGAGAGGCAGGGGCGUAUUGGUCCUAAAACUCCACUAUUGGAGCAUGGUUCUGAAAGGGGAAUCGUAAAGCAUCCUUUUCCAAUGAAUUAUUUAUUAAACCCAUGGAAACUUGGUCGGUGGUUUUACCAAGUUAUCAAGUUUGGAAUUGUUCAAUAUAUGAUAAUAAAGACUUUUAGUGCCAUUUUAGCCGUCAUUCUUGAAGCUUUUCAGGUGUAUUGUGAAGGGGAAUUUAAAUGGGGUUGUGGGUAUCCUUACAUGGCCGUUGUACUCAAUUUCAGUCAAUCAUGGGCAUUGUACUGCUUAGUUCAAUUCUAUACUGCUACAAAGGAUGAAUUGGCACACAUAAAGCCAUUGGCCAAGUUUCUGACAUUUAAGUCAAUUGUCUUUCUGACCUGGUGGCAAGGUGUGGGGAUUGCACUCCUGUAUACCCUUGGUAUAUUCAAAACCUCUUCAUCCCUAGGAUUUCCAUCUAAAUCAAGCAUUCAGGACUUCAUCAUUUGUAUAGAGAUGGGAAUUGCUGCUGCUGUUCACCUUUAUGUAUUCCCUGCAAAACCAUAUGCACUAAUGGGAGACCGCUUUCCUGGGAGUGUUUCUGUUCUUGGAGACUAUGCAUCUGUGGACCCCCUAGAUCCUGAAGAGGUUAGGGACAGUGAGCGCCCCACAAAACUACGAUUGCCCCAGCCUGACAUUGAUGUCAAGAGUGGAAUGACCAUCAGAGAAAGCGUCCGAGAUGUUGUCAUUGGUGGUGGUGGAUAUAUCGUGAAUGAUGUGAGGUUCACCGUGAACCAAGCUGUGGAGCCUGUGGAGAGGGGGAUCACACGGUUUAAUGAGAAACUACACAAGAUCUCCCAAAACAUAAAGAGGCAUGAUAAAGAGAGGAGGAGAAUUAAAGAUGACAGUUACAUUGCAUCAUCAUCAACACGAAGAGUGAUCCAUGGAAUAGAUGACCCCCUCUUGAAUGGGAGCUUCAGUGAUAGUGGGGUAUCAAGGUCAAAGAGACGCCGUAGAAAAUCAGGGUAUACCAGUGCAGAGAGUGGGGGAGAAAGUUGCAGUGACCAAAGCUAUGGCGAGUAUCAAAUCCGGGGCCACAGAUGGGUUACAAAAGAUUAGUUAGAGGAACUGGUAACAAUAAACCAUGAAUCAUGCAUGCUGGAUCAGUCAUGACCUGGGAAUUAGACGUUUGUCAUAUUUCAGGUACUGAGUGCACGAAAUCUGAAUGGAUGAACCUGUUCUGCUUCACAAUGGGGUUGAAUUAAACAUGUAUAUUUUUCUCUUUUUCUUUGGAGGGAACAUGUAAAUAUCUUUAUGAUCCCGACCCCUUUUCUUUUUGGGUAGAAGCUGCAGUUAGAUUGUCAUGAAGGCUCUGAAUUAGAGUCGUGCACUUGUGUAUUAUACUAUUACCAUGCCCAUAAAUUUUAAGCA